AAAUAAUAUGUGGUGAGUGAGGUGGGAGAUCCUUGUACGCAGUUGACGGAGCUUCCGAUGGGCGGCUGGUGGAAGUUACCAUGGAACUUCCUCCCCUCUUUCCUCGUCCCUUCUCAAUUUCCAAUUAAUAAUUUCAGCAAAUAUUUCCUCUACGUUUCUUCAAUCAUCUUCUCUUUCAUCACCUCCUACCUAGGUUCAAACAGGUAGACAUUCAAUCAAACAAUGGCUGGUAUGCUUCCUGGUGUUGAAUGUGCUAGAAGAAGACGGAUCCAUCUAACGGGAGCCUUAUCUGAUUCACCAACCCCUCCUCCUUAUCGCUUCCCAAGGAAAUCCUCUUUUUGUUUGUAUACCACCAACCAGGAUACUCAUUCUUGUUUACAGCAAAGGAGCAUAUUAGAUGAAGCCUGUGAAGAUGAGGAGCUGGGAGGGAUAGCAAGAGAAGCUAAGAAAAGAUUAGAUGAGAGGUUGAGAUCACAGCCUAAGAGGCAAAAUAGCGAUGAAAAUGGGAUGAAAGGGGAGUUGCAGUCAAAGAAGAAGAUUGUGAGUUGGCCCAAACUGAGUUGGAAGAAGUGUUAAACUCAACUUGUUGAAUCAAAUUCCAAAGGUAUUCCAACAGGUUGUACAACUUUUCUUGAGUGUACCCAAGAUUACUCUACUGCUGCAACACCAGUUACUCAAUUAAGUCUCUCAUUUUGAUUGUUGGGUUAUGUUUUUAGAGAUAGUUUCAAUUAUAGAGUUUGGAAAUCUAUGAAUGGAUGUUGUAUUUUCUUUUUUGGCGUAAAUAUGAUAUGAAAUUAUCAAAUAUAUUAAUAUUUAAAUAUUAGUAUGAUACCUGUGGAUUAUCCCCAAA